ACACUUAACCACACAUCAUGGCCAAGAAGAAGGGGAAGAAGGGCAAGAAGGGCAAGCGCCCAAAGGUCGAUUGCAAGUUCAACAUCACGGACGAGAUGCUCAAGCCAAUGAACGAGAAUAUGGAUGAUUGCGAUGGCUGCUGCCAAUGCCCCUGCGAUUGCGACUGCAGUCCGGAAUUAGCUCCGUGCUUCAUCCAACCAACCAAGCCGGACCCGGGUCCUGAAGCCUACGAUGAGUUCGAGGCCUGUCUGAAUGGCAGCGGUCUGACCAUUCGCGUUCUCAAGAACACCCACAAGGUGGAGAGCGUCCUGGACGGAAGUGAAACCAACCCUAACCUUGGGGCAGAUGACGAUCCCUGCUAUCGUGACGAUCCCAACGACUGCGAGCCCAAGAAGGAGUCCUGCCUGCACGAGAUGCUGCAGCGCAGCUCCUUCGCCAGGAACCACAUCAAGCGCAGGACCGGCGGCAGGAUCAUAAACCACCCGAAUAUCCCCAAGGUGCGGGCCAAUAUUAAGUACUCUGGAAACGAUGCCUGCGAAACGGACAACUAUUAUGUGCCCUUCUCGAAGAUCAAGGAGGCCUGCGACCUUCAGGAGGCCAAGGUGGACUGCUACCGCCAGCGCCUCUGCGGCGGAUCCGAUCGCAUUGUCCCCGCUCAGUGUCCCGCCCAGAACCAGAGGACCUGCUGCAUGCAGGUCGAGCGGAAGGACAUCAUGCAGACCAUGAAGGGCGUCAAUCUGGACACCAGACGCAAGGGCAUAGAGGUGUGCUACAAGACCUGCGAGGAGACCGAUAGCGAUGUCUUUCUGGUGAAACUGGGAAGCAAGGCCAAGUCACAGCACAAGAAGAACACCAUCGAGAUCGAGCUGAGGACGCCGAAGCAGCCCGUAACCCUUCCGGUCAGCAAGGUGACCACCGAGACCUAUGUUUCCGAGGAAAUGCUGGGCGGUGUCAAGAAGGGCAAAAAGAAGAAGAAGGGCAAGGGCAAGAAGGGCAAGGGCAAGAAGAAGUAACCGUCUGAUCCCUAGGAGGAUCAUCCUAUAUUACUAACUGGACCUGAUGUACACUUUUUCGGCACCCAUCAACUGGCAUUCACUUGCAACACUUCAAAAAUUCACUGCAGCUGUCAUUAAAAUUUGGUUUUGGACUUAGACCUCUCGUAUCAACCCGUUUAGUUUGACGCACGAAUACUGAAUAUAUAGUUACCUUAAUGUACCAUUCGGAUUCAACGAAUAUUAUAAAAAUUUAAAAUUAUCAA